AUGGAAUCCCAGCCCGGGGACCCUGAUGCGACGACUCCUGGUCCGGUCGACCUGCCCAAUGGCAAGCGCCGCUGGCGGCGGAAUCGAGUUGCUUGCGAUUCAUGCCACACUCGUCGCGUCCGAUGCGACCGCGCGUUUCCCUGCUCUCGAUGUCUACGCAGCGACACCCAUUGCGAAUUUACUCGCGAGCGUCGCAAGCGUGGGCGCAUUGCGCGUGCCAAAUUGGUGAAUGGGUCGACUGGGGCGGGUGAAGCUCCUCCACACUAUUCGCCCCGGAAAGACUCUCAGGACCAGAAACCCCCCGGACAGCUGGCUCUAUCACCACAGCAGCAACAUAGCUCGCCAGAAUCAACUUUCCACCAGCAAUCACCCACCACAAACGAUAUCAGCUUAUCUGCGCCGAGCGUGGAUGGCCUGCAUUCGGCGGUCGACAGCUCUCGAUCGCAGCGACCAGCUCUACCACCGGUACCCGGACCCCGCCCAGAAGGGAAUGCCACGGAAGAAUGGCUCUCAACUGCACAUUUAUCUCCCGAGUCUUAUGAUAUCCUGGGAGGAGUACACGGAGGUGAUGGACCACUACCGAGGCUGUGGGAUAUUUGGACACCGGGGGAUCUGGCAGGCCAUCAUCCCCCAAAGCGGGCGUCGCAGAUCCCGCCGGUACCUGCGCAACCCCAUGCAGGACAGGGAGCGCCCACCAACAAACGGUCGGGGUUGAAGUACCCCGUGCUAGAACCGAUUAUGCCAUUCUUGGAGUCCAACCUUCCACGCCGUUUAGUAUGCGAUCUACUGGAACUGUACUUUACUAGCUCAUUCUCGACUCAUAUGCACCCGGUCUGUCAUCACAUCCACUGUUAUGUCCUACGAAAAGCUUCAUUCUUGAGUACCGACCGCCCACGACCCAGCAGCCCAGCCUUGCUGGCGAGUAUGCUCUGGGUAGCGGCGGUGGAUGACCGUGCCUUUUCUUUAUCAAUUUCUCCUCUGCAACGCCGGAAAAUUUGUCAAUUUCUGUGCGCAUUGACUAUCCGUUUGCUUCGGCCCUUGAUUCAUGUUUCAUUCAAGGAUCAGGAACCCUCAGAAGGUUCUAAUGCGCCCCAAGAUUAUUCAGCCGCGUCAGCUCACCAUCCGUUUGAGGGAGUCGGCGAUGAUAAGGGUCUCGUGGGUCCUGCAGGAUCCCUAGACGAUGUCAUUACCUAUAUUCAUGUCGCGUCGAUCAUCUCGUCAAGUGAACAGAAGGCUGCGAGUAUGCGAUGGUGGCAUGCAGCAUUCACUCUAGCCCGAGAGCUCAAAUUGAAUCAAGAGAUCGAGGUCAUGCCCAAUAUUGACAGUCACUCGGAUGGAUCUAGUCCGGCUUUUGGCUAUACCUUGGGUGGCUGGGCGAGCUCGCCUGGAGGUCCUGUCUUUGAUUAUUCAAAUCCAUCCCGACCGAGCUUGAAUUGCGUCUGUGAGGAUAAACAUGAGCCGCAGCACAGCGCACCUGUCACGGAGGAGCAUCGCGAGGAGCGCCGACGCACUUGGUGGCUAUUGUAUAUCAUGGACCGUCAUCUGGCUUUGUGUUACAAUCGGCCACUCGCCCUGCUGGAUGCGGAGAGUGAAGAUUUGUUGCUACCACUGGACGAAGCCGCUUGGCAAGCUGGAAACAUCCACAGCAAUAGCCCCCGUGCAGAUGGUCCUCAGUGCAUUCGAUCAGGCGAUCGUAACAAGCGACGCGUCUUCCCGAAUUUCAUCUGUCAUGAUCACUCUAUCCUCGGCUUCUUCUUACCAUUGAUGACCAUUACCGGCGAAUUGAUCGACUUGAAUCAAGCUCGGAAUCACCCUACACUCGGACUCCGGCUGCAAGGAAAGGAGGCGUGGGAGGUGCAUGUCUCCGAGGUCCUCCGACAGCUUGAGAUCUAUAAAGCCAGUCUAACAACCUUUGCCGCAGCGGACUCCGAGAACGCGCUGCAGUAUGCUAACAAGGAUCAACCACCCGAUGCGUCCUUAUCGCAGGCUUAUUCAUGGCACACGCAAACUGUAAUCGCGUAUUCAUCUUACCUGGUCCACGUCCUCCACAUUCUCUUGGUUGGAAAAUGGGACCCGGUCUCCCUCAUCGAAGACAAAGACUUUUGGACAUCAUCUCCGGCCUUUGCAUCAACCAUCUCGCAUGCUCUGGAGGCGGCCGAUGCCGUCCAGCAGAUCCUCCGAUUUGACCCGGACAUCAGCUUCAUGCCAUACUUCUUUGGUAUCCAGCUGUUGCAGGGCAGCUUCCUUUUGCUUCUGAUUGUGGAGCGUCUCCAGAAGGAAGCUGGUGAUGGCAUUCUGAAUGCCUGUGAAACCAUGAUUCGAGCGACGGAGUCGUGCGUGGUGACGUUGAACACGGAAUAUCAACGCAGCUUCCGGCAAGUCAUGCGUAGUGCAGUCGCGCAAGCGCGCGGUCGGCCCGUGAAUCCCAGCGAGAUCAGACAUCGUCGGAAAGCGGUGUUGGCAUUGUAUCGAUGGACGCGUAAGGGCACUGGGUUGGCCCUUUGA